GGUCUCUCCGGUGGAGGUGAUCACAAGAGCAUCUCCUACGGUGCCAGUGACGCCAGUGAAACUCAAUGCCCGCGAGAUGGCCAAGGCGCCAUCGCCCAUGGCGAGCAUCGACUCGGUGGACAACCUGCUGGACGAGGAGAUCUCCAGCGAGUCCUCCGGUUCUACCUCCAGCGUUCCCUCGCCCACGCCCUCCACCGAGGCGCCUUCGCCUUCGCCAUCCCCUUCGCCAUCCCCUUCGCCAUCCCCUUCGCCAUCCCCUUCGCCAUCCCCUUCGCCUUCUCCUUCGCCUUCUCCUUCGCCUUCCCCAUCGCCGCCCCCUGUCAUCCCUGAGGUCGUGCCAGAACUGCCCUCGGAUGGUGUCAUUGACGCCGAGGACUCCACGAGCGGUGAGGAUUGCGACAUGUGCAUGAUGCGUCUGGGCUUGGGCCUGGAGGGCAUGAUUGCGGCGCACGUCAAAGAUAUCACGGAAGCCCUCUGCGACAUGGAGGACUGCACGCCCACUUGCUCCACCGACUGGGAGGGGAGCUUCAUCACAUGCUCCCAGGAGCAGACCGAGUACCGCAAGAUGCUGAGAGCUUUGAUCGAGCGGAACAUGGCAACACAAUCGGUGACGGCUUCGAUUACCGCGGCAAAGAUGAGCGCUCCCCCGGCGGCGAGGGAGGAGCUGGAAAAGGCGGAGGCGCGCGCCAAGGCGAUGGAGGAAGCCUCGAACACGUCUGCGGAGGUCGACGACCAGCCGAACGAUGCAGAUCCCUCCGUCGAAGCCUUGAAGGCGUGCCAGAGUGGUCCUUCAGGCGGUGUCUGGGCCAGGAAGGAUUUGGAAAGAAUCGUGGCGACAUCGGUGGGCAGGGAUGACGGCCGUGCGUCGAAGACGCAGGUGAAGACGUGGCUGAAGGACUAUUGCUCCGCCCGCACCGCCAGCGAGGGUUACGCUUGCGUGGGCCUGCUGACCAACGUGAAGGGCGAGCUGGUCGAAAAGAAGAAGAAGUUGUCCGGCGGUUGCGACUUGUGGGAGUGGAUCGCGGCCAGGGCGAAGGACGAGUGGACCGAGCUCUGCCCCUGGAACCGCUGGCGCCUCUGCGAAGCUGGGGAGAGGUGCCAGGGCAAGGGCACCGCUUCAACGAACAUCGCCUCCUGCUUCGCGAAGGAAUUGGACUGAGUGUGGCGACCGCUGAUUUUUGUGCAACCCAGCGCAGCCGCGAAAAGACA